AUGAAUUUUUCAAAAGAUAUAGUUACCAUAAUUUUUAUUUAUUUAGUUAUAAUUGUUUUUAAUGUUAGAUUAAUUACAUGUGAAGACAAGCUAACUGAGCCAAAGAUAGUCUGUUACUAUAGCGCUUGGGCUGUUUAUAGAGCAGAUCCCAUGUCCUAUGACAUCGAAGAUAUCCCGGGAGAGUUAUGCACACAUUUAAUCUACUCAUUUGUUGGAUUGGACAACAAGACUCAUGAACUGAAAUAUAUUGAUCCGAGUUAUGAUAUCGACAAUAAAGGAUAUGAAAGAUUUAUUGGUUUAAGAAAUAAAUAUCCAAAACUUAAAUUAUUGCUGGCAAUCGGGGGCUGGGCUGAGGGCGGACAACAAUACUCUGAAAUGGUAUCUCAAAAGCAAAAACGUCAACAUUUUGUCAAUGAAGUGGUUAAAUGGAUGAAUAAAUAUAAGUUUGACGGCUUUGAUCUCGACUGGGAAUAUCCCGGUGCUAGUGAUAGACAGGGAUCUUAUUCUGACAAAGAAAACUUUCUCAAACUCGUUAAGGAAUUGAGAGAAGAGUUUGAUAAACAAGAAGGUAAACUAUUACUGACUGCAGCGGUUCCGGUGGCAAAGUUUAGACUACAAGAAGGAUAUGAAGUCUACGAAUUAGGACAAUUAUUAGAUCACAUUCAUCUGAUGACUUAUGACCUAAGAGGCAGUUGGACUGGAUUUGCUGACGUCCACUCACCUCUCUAUAAAAGACCUAUUGAUGAGUGGGCGUAUGAAAAGCUAAAUGUGAAUGACGGAACAUAUUUAUGGCAUUCAAUGGGAGCGCCUAAACAUAAAUUAAUUGUUGGCGUUCCCUUCUAUGGUAGGACUUAUACAUUGGGCAGUAAAGAUAAUCAUGGAUUAAGAGCACCCAUCAAUAGAUGGGAUAAAAAUAAUGGCGGCGGAGAAGCGGCUUUAUAUACAAAUGCUUCGGGAUUUAUGGCUUAUUAUGAAAUAUGCGUUGAGACCAAUGCUGGCAAAUGGAGCAAACAGUUGGAUGAUAUCGGCAAAUGUCCCUUUGCUUACUCAGAUAAACAAUGGGUUGGAUAUGAAGAUGAAAAUAGUAUUGGUAUUAAAAUGGAUUACAUUAAAAAAGAAGGAUUCGGUGGAGCAAUGAUUUGGGCCAUCGAUUUGGAUGACUUUAAAGGAGUCUGUGGCGGAAAAAAACAUCCCUUACUUAAAGUUAUGAAUGAAAAACUAAAAGGAUAUCAAGUUUUAGUACCCGACCCGUCAAAGCUCACUACAACAGCAAAACCAAAUCAAUGGUGGCCACAACCCGUAUCUACCAGUACUACCACAACCGUACGCCCGUCAAGUAACACAUUAACCGUACGACCACCAAGUAGUACAACAACUGUACAUCCGUCAAGUAGUACAACAUCUAAAGCUAAAGUUACUAAACCAUCGACUAUUUCAGAAAGUAAACCGACAGCUGUUUCCAUUGUAACCCAGAGUACAGUAAACUCCGAUCAAACAACAGAUAAGAAUAGCGGUUCCACAACUAAUUCAAUAGCCUCCGAGUCAAAGCCAGUGCCGACAACUGAGUCGCCAUCAAACUCAGUGAUUGAAGAGUGUGCUAAACCGGGGACACUAUUUGUAGCGCACAAUAACUGUAAACUGUAUUAUUGGUGUAUUCACGAAAAACCAAUAUUACAGAUGUGUCCAAAUAAUACCAUUUGGGAUCCAAAUUCAAACCGAUGCGAAUGGUUUAAUCCAAACAAAAAAGAUUAUAAUUGUGUUGUAAUGUAA